GGCUCCAUCCGGGUUCAUGGCGGCGGCGGUGGCGGCGGAGGGACCUGAGGGGCGAUGAGUUGGUUCAACGCCUCGCAGCUCUCGACCUUCGCCAAGCAGGCGCUCUCUCAGGCGCAGAAGUCCAUCGACCGGGUGCUGGACAUCCAGGCCGGCGAGGAGGAGGAGGCAGGAGGCGGAGGGAAGGAAGGGGGCCUCGGAGCCAGGGAGGCCGGAGCAAAUUCUCUUGCAAGUGGAGGUUGGGAUACUUCAACAUGGGGAGCAAACUCAGAUGUGGAACCUCAAAGUCAACCAGUAUCAUCGCCAACAGCCAUCACCAAACCAGUUAGGAGGACUGUGGUAGAUGAAUCAGAUAACUUCUUUAGUGCCUUUCUCUCACCAACUGAUGUUCAGAGCAUCCAAAAAAGUCCAGUGGUAUCUACACCACCCACCAAAUCUCAGCGACCCAAAGAGGAAGUAAAAAGUACAGUACAGGAAUCCUUUGAUGCUGACUUGCCAGAAACAGAUGAUAUCCCUGUAAUUUUACCCGUGGAACUGAAAAACCGCAGUAAUUCCCAGGAAAAGGUAGAAGAAAAUAAUUCUAUACAAAGUAAGGAACAUGUGUGUGGUGAAAAUAGUGGUAAAGAGAAUGAUCAAAGCACAUCUGAAAAUCCGAAUGAAGCAGAAUCCACUGUUACUGUGAAAUCAAGUUCGGGAAGUGAUGAGCAUGGACAUGUCCCUGACCUUUCUGCACAGCCUCUAUCUUCAGAAGCAAAGAAUAUGGCCCUGGACACAAAGGAACGCAAAAGCGAGGACAGGCAAAGCAAUACACCUUCUCCUCCAAUUAGCACUUUCUCCUCAGGGACAUCCACAACCAGCGAUAUUGAAGUUCUGGACCAUGAAAGUGUAAUAAGUGAGAGCUCAGUAAGUUCAAGGCAAGAGGCUUCUGAUUCAAAAGCUAGUCUUCAUCUCAUGCAAACUUCAUUUCAAUUGCUGUCAUCAUCUGCAUGCGCAGACUAUAACCGUCUAGAUGACUUUCAGAAAUUAACUGAAAGUUGCUGCUCCUCUGAUGCUUUUGAAAGGAUUGACUCAUUUAGUGUACAGUCUUUAGACAGUCGAAGUGUAAGUGAAAUAAACUCAGAUGAUGAAUUUCCAGGUAGGGGAUGCAUUUCAGCAUCUGUCACCAUCGGCCACCCAACACUAAAAAGCGAUGAGAUGGAAUCUGUAAAAAGUAAAUCUGAUCAAAUCCAAAAUGAGCCUCUAGUACUACCUGUAGAAGAAACAGAACUGGAGGAAAGUGGGCGAAGCGCAACACCUGUGAACUCUGAACAGCCAGAUGUCUUGGCUGUUUCUAUACAGACUGAUCCAAGACAGAUACAGAAAGAGGAGAUGGUGAUACUGCAGCCCAGUACUGGAAAAUCAACCAAUGCAGAAUGUGAAAAAGAAGAGCUUUGCAAGAUUAUUGAUUCCUUGACAGAGAAACUGGAGAUGCGGGAAAACCGGCUAUUAAGCAUUAGUAAAGAGAAGGCAUGCCUUGAAGAAGCUUGUGAUAAUUUUAAAGACGAAAUCUUCAAAAUGAAAGAAGAGAAUAGUAGCAUUUCUUCUCUUAAAGCGGAGUUUGCUCAGCGAAUAGCAGAUGCAGAGAAAAAGGUUCAGUUAGCAUGCAAAGAAAGAGACGCUGCUAAAAAGGAAGUAAAGGUUCUCAAAGAAGAUCUAGCAACUAGAUUGAACAGUAAUGAAACUACUGAAUUACUAAAGGAGAAAGAUGAACAAAUCAAAGGAUUAAUGGAGGAAGGAGAAAAGCUUUCAAAACAUCAGUUACGAAGUUCUAACAUCAUCAAGAAACUAAGAGCAAAAGAGAAGGAAAGAGAAAAUAUUAAUACAAAGCAGAAUAAAAAAAUUAAAGAAUUAGAAGAUGAGUUGCAGCAUCUGAAGCAGGUAUUAGAUGGCAAAGAGGAACUUGAAAAACAGCAUAGAGAGAACAUUAAGCAGUUAAAUAGCGUGGUUGAACGCCAGGAGAAAGAUCUGGUCAAACUCCAGACAGAUCUUGAAGAUCUUGAAGAAAAGAACCGAAGUGUUCAAGCAGCUCUUGAUAGUGCAUACAAAGAACUUGCAGAUCUUCAUAAAGUCAAUGCUGCAAAGGACUGUGAGGCACAAGAAGCAGCCCUAAGUUAUGAAAUGAAAGUGAAGGAGGAACUGGGCUUAGCUUUAGAAAAGGCUCAAGAAGAAGCUCGUCAGCAGCAAGAGGCGUUAGCAAUUCAGGUGGCAGACCUGAGACUGGCUCUGCAACGUGCAGAACAACAAACAGCUAGAAAGGAGGAUUAUUUACGCCAAGAAAUUAGUGAACUUCAACAGAGACUUCAAGAGGCAGAGUCUCGUAACCAAGAGUUAAGUCAAAGUGUUACAUCUGCUACAAGGCCCCUGCUCCGGCAGAUAGAAAACUUGCAAGCAACCCUGGGAGCACAAACAUUAGCAUGGGAGAAACUGGAGAAGAAUCUUUCCGAUAGGCUUGGGGAAUCUCAAACUGCCCUGGCAGCACAGACUGAAAGAGAACGCGCAGCUACAGAAGAACUUCUUUCCAAUAAAAUCCAGCUUUCUUCCACUGAAUCACAAAAUAGUAUCCUGAGGCAAGAAAACAGUCGCCUUCAAGCUCAACUAGAAGGAGAGAAAGCCAGGCUUAAGAAACUAGAAAAUGAAAAUAAUCGGUAUGAAGUUGAGUUGGAAAACCUGAAGGAAGAAUAUGUGAAAACAGUUGAAGAAUCAAAGAAAGAAAAGAUGCUGUUGGCUACUCAGCUAGAAAUGGAAAAAAUGAAGGUUGAACAAGAAAAAAAGAAAGCAAUUUUUGUACAAGAAACGGCAAGAGAGAAGGAACGUAAAUCAUGUAUUUCGUCAGCAAUAGAAACUGUCUCAAGCACUCCAACUCUUUCACGUUCAAGCUCAAUCAGUGGGGUUGAUAUGGCUGGUCUCCAAGCAUCUUUCAUAUCUCAGGAUGAUCCUCAUGAGCAUUCCUUUGGUUCAUUAUCUACAAGUGGAAACAAUCUAUAUGAUGCUGUGAGGAUGGGAGCAGGAUCAAGUAUUAUUGAAAAUCUGCAGUCACAAUUAAAAUUACGGGAUGGAGAGAUUUCUCAUCUACAGCUGGAGAUUGGAAACCUUGAAAGAACUCGGUCCAUAAUGGCAGAAGAGCUGGUAAAAUUAACAAAUCAAAAUGAUGACUUAGAAGAAAAAGUAAAGGAGAUACCCAAACUACGUGUACAACUAAGGGAUUUGGAUCAGAGAUACAAUACUAUUCUCCAGAUGUAUGGUGAGAAAGCAGAAGAAGCAGAAGAACUGAGGUUGGACCUUGAAGAUGUAAAAAACAUGUACAAGACUCAGAUUGAUGAACUUCUGAAACAAAGACACAGUUAAUUCUAAAGCUGCAACUUGAAAACAAUGUUGCAUUAAACUAUAGAAGUGUAUAAAUGCAAUUACCUUGUAAAAAUUUGUACAAUAGAGUGAUAUAAAAUUUUAAUUGUAGAGUUCAUAUGUUCGCAGGAACCGUUUUGAUUUCAUGAUGGCAAACUGUGAGCCUUUAAAUUAUUUGUUAAUAUUUAAAAUUUUAUAUCUAUACUUCAAUGAUAAUUUAAAAGGCAGGCAGACUGUCUUGUAUCUAUAUAGUAGUGUUUGACAGAUCUUCCAGCAGCAGAAGACUUUGACUGCAACUGUUCACUCCCUGUAAUAAUUCUGUGACAAUUACCUGAUUGUUCUGCUGAUCUUUUCUAUCAAAUAGAAUGUUUCAAAGAGAAAAAAUUUGUGAAAGAUGCAUACAGAUAGCAUUCACUUGCAAUCUGAAAUUGAAGGGUUGGGUGCCUUUAUGAAAUUUAAAUAUCUGUAUUUGUAUAUAUAUUCUGGUGCCCUAACCAGACAGCUGUUCUGCUGCCCACAAUGCCAGACAAUUGCCUUUGCUCCCAACAGUGCAGAGUGGUUUACAUUUUAAUAGCAACCAAACUCCUGUUCAAUAGGUACAAUUCUAGUGGGGUUUUAAAAAAUGUUUUGGCUGUAUUCCUAAAACGCAAUACACUUCCACUUGAAUGUGGACUACCUUGCAGUUUCAGUGGCUUUUAACUUUAGUGAAAUAGAUUAUACAGCAGCCAAGGGGAGGAGUGUUCCAGAAAUGUUGCUCAGCAUUCCUGCCAUUAACUGAUUCUUUCCUUUAGUGUAUGUAUGCACUUUAUUUUCAGAAGUGAAUAAAUAUGUUCAAGAUACCAUCAAGUAGUUUGAAAAUGCUUUUUAAAAAGGAUUUGCCAGAACGUAAGUGAGAAAUAGCACCUUAAGUUGCCUUACCAGCUUUUUAUUCUGAGCAAGUCAAAAAAUUCACUGAUAUCUAUCACAUUCACAAAAGGAACAUGUUCAUUUUAUUGUUGUUUCUUGCCAAACUUUUACGUGGUUGUAAAGACCCUUUCUUUAACUUCAGCCUAUUUAUACAUGUUCAUUAUGAGGACACUGUGGCUGAGAUGCCCUAUCUUUUCAAUAUUUUCUAAAAAUUCAGAUAUAGAAGUUUUGUUACAUGCAUUGAAAUCCAAAGUUGUAGAUACAUAUAUGCACUUCCAAAAUCUAGUUGAAGGAAUUUACCAUUUGACAUGAUAGCUAAUUCACUGUAAAUUCUUCUGUGUUCGUACAUGAAAUACACUUUUGCUGAACUAAUUUCUUAAUUUAAGGUGUAUAGAAAUCAAGUUUUUAUUUUAUGAAGUGAAUAUUUGUAUCAUCCAUUUACCUACAAUGGGUUAGAAGUCAGUGGACACAAGAAAACCCUACUGUUUCACAAAAAGAGUAAUAUGGUUGGUUACUAUCUUUUUCAAAAAUAUCCCUACCAGAGAAAGUCAGGGAGAAGGUUUCUAACAUAGGCUCCUUGUGACUGGAUUCUCCUUGAUGUGCUAGUUUUUUAUGCACAGAGGAUUUUGACUUGGUGAAGCUCUUAAUACAGAAAUCUCCCACAUACAUUCUAAAGUGCAUAUAGAGGAGCGCCAUAUCACAGACAAGUGGUGAAUAAUAAAUGAAAUCUUUACAUUCUCCCCCAUCUAGCAUCUUCCUGGCAAAAAAUAUACUAAAUUCCUGUGUACUUUUAAGAGAACAGUUCUUCAGUUCAAGAAUAAAUUUACAUUACCAGGUUUUUUUAACAGUGAUGUAAAGCAGGAGUCAACAGUGAUUGCUGACAAUAGAAUUUAUUGCUUUUCUACCAAGAAGACACUACAUUAGUGAAUAUGUUGUUAAACCAAUAUAAAGUUCAAAUCUGAAUACAGCUGGACUUUUCUCACAAAGAAAUGUGCAGUACCUUAAUUUUCAUUAUAUAACAUUUAUUCAAACCAAACAUUUUCUGCUUUUGAACAGAAAAGAGGUCUAAAUGUUAGUCAGUCUUGUCAAGAGGAGGCCCACUGAAUCAACUAGACUUAUGUAUGUGGUGACUCACCAUUCAAUAGUUGAUUCAGUGAGUCUAUUCUAAUUGGGAUUAACCAAUGGGAUUCUAGCCACAGUGUGUAACUAGAACUUUUAUGUCCACUAUUCAGAACAAAAAGCAUGACACAUUUGAAUAAUUUUGCAGCUUUUAACUCAACACACCUACACACUUUCAUCCACACAGCUUUUUCACUGGUUUUAAACCCAAGUGUUUGUUAGAAUUUGACUAGACUAUGGGCCAUGCUUUGCUAUAAAAUGUUGGCAGUUUGACUGCCCAGUUCCUUUGCAACCCUUCAUCAUUUUUCUAAUUUCUGAUAAUCAGAGAUGAUAUUAGCAUGUACUAUUUCUGAAAUUUAUGUUUUUAGUGUCUUUAAAUUACUGGCCAAUUUUUGAAAGUACUAGAUGGUGCUGUACAAUUUCUUUUCUCAGGACUCUUCUUAUUUUGUGUGAGCAGUUCGGUCACUUCUGUGCAUCUGCUCCCCCCCCCCAGUUUGUAACUGUUUAUGGAAAUUAGGGAAUGGAAAUAAUUGCCUCAUCAGAUGGGAAGCAGUCUUCAUACUGUUAAUGUAAAAAACAAAAGGUCAAGAAAAACAGGGAUUCCUUUGUAGAAUACAGGUGUUUGGGGUGGCAUUGCAUAAAAGCUGUAGAAAUGAGCACAAAUGGGAUUCUUAGUUUUUCAGAACAUUUAAAUCAGAAACAGUGAAGUUAAGUCCUGUCUGUUGUCCAAUGGGAGUAAUAUUUGAUCUUUAGCAAAUACGUAAAAAUGGUGCAUGUGUGUAAGGUAAAUCUUCACUGCAACGGUGUUAACAACUUUUGCCCUCUUGUUCUUUAAGAAAUUUUAAAUUUUUAUAUUAAAAAGCCCUUUGCAUUACUAUAAACUAUGUAUGUUAAUAUGUUACAGAUAUUAACCUGUCUAUGUAAAUAGUUUAAGCCUGUUUAAAUUUUGGUCUGAGUAAAAUAUUUGAGUUAA